CGAAACGAAACCGAACGGAGCGAGGGAAAAUGGGUCGCAAGGAAUACCACUUCCCGGCUUUUGAUGAGUUGCCCAAGGUGGAGGGGAUGCCACAAGGCAGCAUUUGGGGAUUUUUCGACGAAAAUGGGAAGAAGGAUGAAGUUGGAACAAUCAACCUGCUCACACCCAGCGUCGUCAAAGCCGCAUCCCAGGAAAUCCAAACCGGCGAGUCGAUCCAGCUCGACUGGGAACUGCACAACGUGCAGUAUCCAGGCUUCAACCGCAAGCCCUUCGAGCAAAAGCACAUUGAUUUCGCCGAUUUCUCCGCCUUCGUCGCAAACGACGAUGAGGUCUACAUCAAUACGCAGGCAGGCUCGCAGUGGGACAGCCUCAAGCACUUUGCACACCAGAAAACAAGCAUGUAUUACAACGGGCUGUCGCACGCCGAGUCCAAGAAAAGCAUUACCAACGGCACGCAUGUGUGGUGCGAGAGAGGUGGGAUUGUGGGCCGCGGCGUGCUGUGCGACUGGCUGCGCUGGUACGAAGAGACGACGGGAAAAACGGCCCCGAGUGCAGUGUCCAGACAUGAGAUUCCCAUUGAGGAGAUCGAGGCUACGCUUACGUGGCAGGGCACAGAGACCAGGCAGGGCGAUAUACUCUUGAUUCGCACGGGAUAUGUGCGGUGGCACGAGAAUGCCAACGCCGCAGAGCGCAAAUCAGGUACUUGUGACAACAGCAUCGCGAUAGGUCUUCAAGCCAGCGAGAAAACCACGCGCUGGCUCUACGACCGCCAUUUCGCCGCCACCGUCGCAGAUAACGUUGCGUUUGAGGCGUGGCCCCCGAAAUUCACCGACGGCUGGUGCUUGCAUGAGUGGCUGCUUGUGCACUGGGGCACUCCCAUCGGCGAGAUGUGGGAUCUCGAGAAGCUGAGUGAGAAGUGUAAGGACAUGGGACGGUAUACGUUUUUCUUGACGAGUGCGCCGUUGCAUGUUAAGGGUGGGAUUGGGAGUCCGCCUGGGGCUAUUGCUGUGUUUUAGGGAGGUGCGGGAUUGAAGGGUGUGUAUAUUGUUU